UUCAAGUUGCAUUUUAGAUGCGAACGAAUGCACAUCGUUUUCGGUUUACGGGGAUGAACUGCGUUUCGUGAAUAUCGAAGAUACUUAUCGGAAAGGUUUCAGCGGGUUGUGUCCAUUGUGAUCGUCCGAUUUUCGAGUCUAAGCUGGUGUUUUUAGGAGAAAAUCGAUUAUCGUUCGAGUUAUCGAGUUUUCCAAGUGAGAUCGAUCGAUCGAUCGAUCUAUCAGCGUUGACACACCGAGCUCUCGGCAACAGUAACAACUAGAUUGCAACGUGCAUACGUUUAAUCAACGUGAUUGGAUACAACCUUCGGUAGAUAACACGAGAGAAAACAUUGAUAAAGAUAAUUGGAAAAAGAAACAAGGACGAAUCGACAAUGAAACAUACGUCGAUAAUGUCCAACGACAUUCUAUUAAGGGUAUGUCUCUUCGCUCUACUUAUCGUUUCGAGUUUGGCCGCUACUUCAAGGUCACGUGGUAAAAAGAAGGUCGCCAAAGAGACCAAGGAAAUUAACAUAUGUGAUAUCGAGGGUCGACAAGCGCCAGUUUAUUGUUACUGCGACAAUAAUGGAUUGAGGAAUGCAACCGAUGCUAAUUGUUUGGUUUUAAAUAGAAUCAAGGUCGACGAUCCAAUGUGGUCCUAUUUCAUAUCGCAGAUAUAUCUAACGAAAUUAGCCCUGACAGUACGUGCAUCCGGUACAUUGGAUUACAUACCAACCGAUGUUCUAAGACAAUUGAAAAAUUUAAAGAUCGUUGCGUUUCAAUACGCCAAAAUCGAGGAAUUAGGUGAACGUUCAUUCACAAAUCUAUCGUCGAUCACCGACAUCAAUCUAAGCAGAAACAUGAUCGUCGUAUUGAAGAAGUAUGCAUUUGAAAAUAUCAAGGAAUUGAACGUCGUCAAUUUGGACGACAACAGAAUAGCUGAGAUUAAUAGAGACGUGUUCGUGAACCUGCCAAAUUUAAGAACGCUCUAUUUAAACAACAAUAACAUUAGCAUCGUUCAUGAUAAAGCGUUCAAACAUUUAAUUUAUCUUCAGGAACUUCAAAUGAGCGGGAAUCAGAUAACGGUGAUAACACGAGAAAGUUUUCACGGUCUUAGAAAUUUAAAACGUCUCGAUCUACGAAACAAUUUCAUAUCUAUGAUUGGCGAUCGUAGUUUCGUCGAAAUGCCAGAAUUAAUGGAACUUGAACUCGAUCAAAAUUCGAUUGAAUAUAUAUCGGAAAAGGCAUUGGACGGUAUGAGAAAUUUAAAGAAGCUACGUCUAAGUGAAAACAAAUUGGUCAGCUUAGAACCGGAUUUUCUUUCCGGCGCACCCGGUAUAUAUUUCCUCGAUCUGCGUGAUAAUAAUUUGAAAACUAUGACCUUCAACAAUAUCAAACCAAUCGUGACGAAUCUUUACAACAUUACCAGCUAUUUCUACUUGGACGGAAACAAACUGAUAUGCGACUGCAAUCUAGCAUGGAUUUGGGGACUAAGGAACGAGACGAAGAAUACAAAGUUAAAGGAUGCCCUCGAGGAACUCACUUGCUUCCUCGAAAGUAAUAAUACUGCAGCACCUAAGAUCAACAAUGACGACCUAGAGAGAAAUCAGGAGCACGAAAUCGCGCGAAAUCCUGACACAUAUUUGGCUGAUAAUCUGAAGAAUGGAAAUAACGAAGACGAGGAAGGUUAUUUAGGUGACAUUGCUAAUGAAAGUUAUGAUAAUUUGGAUGAAGAAUAUGAGGAUUCCGAAUUGGAUAGUAAUUCUCAGCCUAAGAUGCAGAUAUUGGAUGGGAAGGUGUGCUACGUGAAACAUUUGUUCGAUCUAAAGUUAGAAGAUCUACCAUGCCCGGAGACCACAAGGGAGGAUCUAAUGGCUUCUGAACAGCCAUCUAGCCGUCACGAAAAUGCACCAGUGGGUUCCUCCGGUUCCAUAUGGUUCUCAUCAUCAACCCAGACUCAUCACCGAGUCGACCGAUUCGUCCUUGCGAGUUCAUUUCUAAUUGUAUUUCCUUUUUCAACGUUGAUAUUCACGUAGAAGGAAGAUUACAACAGCAAGUGUUUACGUCAAUACAAUGAUAAUAAGAGUAUCAAGGAGAGGAUAAUAAAAAAAAUUAACGAAAAAUACGACGACGACGACGACGACGAUUAAAACGACGACGACGACGACGACGACGACGACGACGACGAUGACGAUUA